GAACCCUUUUCCUGGUUAGUCGCUGCUGAGGAGCGAGAAGAGCACUUCGGCGGAGACGAGAGAGAAACAUGGCGGCUAACUGUGCGAGACGAACGGUACAAGUUUCUUCAGGUUCCGUGAAAACCCUUUUGAGCUUUUCAUCGUCACCAUCAUCCUUCGCUUCCAGAGCUUCUAAGUUGAGUGGACUUGCCGCUUCCAAGCCCAACUUUGCUUCUCGAUUCUCUGUUCCCAAACUCAGAUUCUCAAGAAUUCCCGUGGAGUUGGCCAGCAUGCAGUCUUUGAUGCCGAUGCACAGCGUCACUGCCGCUGCCUUAUUCACUUCUCUGCUAUCUUUGCACAAUAACAAGUGGGGUUGUCUAUCAGAAGGGUUUGCAACACCACUAUAACAUGACCUGAAGCUCCUUAUUCUAGGUACAAGCAGGAUCACAGCAGAGGCAGAUUUUUGUUUUGUUCCUUGACGGAAAUCAACCUUGCCAUAAUUUGAAAGAAGAUAGAUAAUUGUUUUGUUGUUUUUUCAAAUCUUUUCAGACUGUCAUUCUGCAUAUCCUCAUUGUUUGAGAAUUUUUUUCACAUCGGAUAAGUCUGCAAUUAGCAUGUUCUUUCUUGUGAUAAAAGAUCAUAUCUGAAUGCUUAGAUGUUGCAUUCAUAAUUUAGUAGUCAAUGAAAAACAAAAAACAUGAUUUUGUAUCAUUAUAGCGAAAUUUCUUUUGACUAUAAUUGUUCCUCGUUCUGAUUAUGCCAUAUAGGUUCAUCA